UAGACCUCUUGAGAUACGCCACAGAAACUAGGGAAUCUUGAGAAAGAAAAAAAAAAAAAAAAGAUGAAUUCUGAAGAUUGCUCCGUAACGGAAAACAGCUCAUCACAUCUGGAGAGAGGGCAGAAGGACCAUGGCACCAGUAUACGUUUUGAGAAGCAUCAUGAAGGAUCCAUCCAAGUUCCUAUCCCUUGUGCUGUGCUGACUGUGUUCUUCAUCACGUCCUUAAUUAUAGCUCUAGUUGCCUUGAAUGUGGGCCAGUACAAUUGCCCGGGCCUGUAUAAGAACUCGGCAUCAUCUGACCGCCAUGUUGCUUCCUGUGAGGAUGAGUGGGUUGCAUACCAGAGGAAAUGCUACUUUUUCUCCACCACAACCAACAGUUGGGCCUUGGCCCAAAACUCUUGCUCUAAAGAUGGAGCUACUGUUGCUGUUAUUGAUUCCGAAAAAGACAUGGUAUUUCUGAAACGACACGCUGGUGGACAGGAACACUGGAUCGGGCUGAACAAAGAAGCUAAUCAGACAUGGAAAUGGGCAAACGGCAAAGAAUUUAACAACUGGUUCAACCUGACAGGGUCUGAGAGGUGCGUGUCUCUGAACAACACAGACAUUACUACUGUGGACUGUGAGGCGAACUUACACUGGGUGUGCAGCAAGCCCUCCAGAUGACAAAGAAGCAUUGCUCUAUAGAUGACUGAGCCAUGGAUCCACAGGAAAGUCAUGUGACUGGAUGCUACUCUAUGGUCAAAUUUUCCACAAAGACCUCACAGACCAACUUUACAUUAUCCUGGGACUCUUCUGCAUAGGACUCUGGGACACAAGGGAGAGACUCCAGGAAGAUCUGUUUUGGGGUUUCCCUUGACCAUGAGCUGAAAAUGUCACUCACUGACUGAUAAUCACACAAAAAAAAGAAGAGGACGACUAUGAAGCCUCAUGGAUGCACUUUAUAUUUUAGAUCUGGAAUGAAUAAACUGACUAGCUUUAGAGUUACUAUUUAUUGCUGAAUGACUGCGACAACCAAUGCCUUCAUGCGUUUGCACUAUUGGAAAGAGUUUGCAUGGUAGUAAAGGCUGAAUGUAGAUACAGGAAAGUUUGACUAUUCAUGAUUUUCUUAAACUCAAAAAGUAUUCUUAAGUAGACCAAUGCUUAGGAAACCAAGCUUUGCAGUAGCUCCCUCUAACUUUGCCACAUUAUUUUGUCAAUUGGUUUCCCCCAGAGAAUAAGGGUGACCUUUUCUUUAACUUCCUCGGUGUAGACAGCUCAUUUUCAGUGGUACAUAUUUCUUUGUCUUUAAAAAUCUUCUCCAUAGUGCAUUUCAAUAAAGAGACAAAAGCAUAACAUAUGAGGAAUAUAUGUAAAGCAGAUUUCAAAGUACUGAAAGAAAAAGUGCAAUAUAUGUUGUGGCAGAUCUCUGUCAGGACCUACACCAUGUGGAUUGACCCUGGAAUUCUAAUCUUGUCAGUAAUGUAUUUGUGUCUG